AAUUUUAUCGAAUUUGGAGAAAGUUGUUCAUUUUUUUCGUACUAUUAGCAGCAAUAAACACCGUAUCGCUGGCUUCGUUUAUAAACAAAAUCAUAGAAUAUCGUCUAGCUCAAUGACGGCGACAAUAGCAGCAUCUUCAUAUAUGGUGUUAAAGCGUCAAAGGGCUUGUAGUUUGCAUUCCUGAAGCAUUAGACGCCCGCGACAACAUGAAAAUCCUCACUAUUGUAGCCGCUAUCAUCGCGGGGUACGUCACGCCCAUCCAGCAUGUAGCAGCACGAGAAUCAGGAACUAUAUGCGAUGCGCCUUCAUCAGGUGAUCUAAACGGUUCAAAUUUCACAUAUCCGUGGCCAUUACAGUUGUAUAAGUUCACUUCUCAACAUCAAGAUCUCGAAAUGGCUUUCAUGGAUAUUGCGCCGACAUCUGAGCCGAACGGCAAGGUCGCCAUUUGCUUACACGGGAAGAAUUUCUGCGGGCCCACGUGGGAGGCGACCGCCAGAAAACUCGCGGGGAUAGGAUACCGAGUCAUCUUACCGGACCAAGUUGGCUUUUGCAAGUCAUCUAAACCGGAAUCGUAUCAAUAUACGUUACAGCAAUUGUCGUAUAAUACGAGGAAUCUGUUGCAAGCCCUGGACAUCGGGAAUGUGACUGUGGUCGGGCAUUCUUUGGGGGGUAUGACGUCUGUGCGCUUCGGCUUGAUGUUCCCCGAAAUCGUCGAAAAACUAGUUCUGGUGAAUCCCAUAGGGCUGGAAGAUUGGAAAGCUCUCGGUGUGCCGUAUAUGAGCGUGGAUCAUCUCUAUCUCUCCGAGGCAGCUAGCAACUACACCACGAUUCGAGCGUACGAGCAAUCGACAUAUUACGUGGGGCAUUGGAACGAGUCGUACGAUGUUUGGGUGAACAUGCUGGUUAACAUCUACAAAGGCAGUGAAGCGUCCACGUUUGCCUUUGACCAAGCUCUUAUCACUGACAUGGCCCUGAGCGCACCGGUGGUUUAUGAGUUUGGCAUAUUGAAACCGAAAACCCUUCUGAUCAUAGGUGAUAAGGACACCACGGCUCUAGGCAAACAAUGGAGCCCACCGGACGUCCAGGCUAAACUAGGCCAUUAUGAUGUGUUAGGGAAGCAAGCUGCCGCUGCGAUACCAAAUGCGGAUUUGAUAGAAUUCCCUAAUUUAGGACACGCGCCGCAGAUUCAGGAGCCUGAUAUGUUCCACGAUGCAUUGUUGGGAUGGUUAGCGAGUUAGAUAGGUUAUAACAACCCUGUGAUAUAAACGAGUAUAUACUGGGCUACCUAUGUAUAUAAAUAUCUGGUAGCGAAAUGAAUCAAAUCAAUCGAGCCCUCCGACUAGAUCUUACUUACACGUAGAACCAUUAUGCCCUUUUGUGGCGGCGCUGGAUUUGCGAAUAU